AUGUUUCUUUCACUAACCUUAACAACAUCAAAACCAAUUUUGUUAAUACUGGAUGGACAUACUUCCCAUCGUCGUGUACGUACAAUUGAAUUAGCUAUUAGCAAUGGUAGUGUUUGGUUAUGCAUUCUACCACAUUCAACUUACAUUUUCCAACCUCGUGACAUUACAUUUUUUAAAUCAAUAAAACACAAAUAUCAUGAGAUUUUAGCUGAAUAUAUACUCUUAUUAAAAUUAUUUCAAUCAACAGCGAUUAAUAAAGUCAAUAUUAUUAAAGGUUUUAUUGCAACCGCCAUUUAUCCAUUAGAUAAAUCAGCCAUAAAAAACAACCGGCUUCAUCUGCGGGUAAAUCAAAAAGGGCUAGCCAAUUUAGCACACACCUAG